GGCAGGCGGACGGGUGAGGGGCAAAGAUGAGGGGGGCCCUCGCUGCCUUUCCGCUCUCGUGUGAAGUGGGGUUGUUCACCCCUUAGAAACUGAGAAGCGAGUCCUGGGUAAUGGAGUGGAUCGGGUGUCCAAAUGUAGCUUUUAAGGUAGAAAAUUUCAGAAAGCCCUUGCUUAACCAGAGGGCCUUUCCCGCCUCCCCAAACUGAGACUGUUAAAUGGAGAAGUCGGUGGGGAGAGUAGGACGCGAGAGAUUGUGCCCCAGUGAGAUCCCUGUAAGAAUUCCUACACCGAGUGACAGCGAGAGAUCCAGGAACUAUCCGUUCUCUACCAAACUUGCCCUCCAGUUGGGGGUGAGGCCCGGGAUGCUCACCUCUGCGAUAACGUUAAGAAAGAGAAAUUGCGGAAGUCGCGGUUCUGCGUUGCCCUUUUAAGCGCGCUCCGCCAGCCCCCCCGCCCCCUCCCUCCGUUCCUGCGGCCGCUUUAAGGCGCGGGGCAUUGUGGGUGCGGGGAGUGGAAUUUUGGAGCGAGAAGUACAGUAGUAAGAGUAACAUUGGAGCCGCCGGCGGCAGAGGGGGCGCGCCGCGGAGGGGACGCCGCACCCCCUUUCUUUUGCGGGGACCCCCCCAUACAAGCAGACUACCAGAGGGAAGAGGCGCCCGAAGACCCGCCCCGGCCCAGUCCACGUUUCCCCCAGGAAGCCGGACUCUAUGGGGCGGGACCCUGGGGGAGACUGAGCAGACCCAGAGCCAGCCGCGCACCCCUGAACCGAGAGCCGGGGGCGCCCCGGGAGCACCGCCCGGUGGGCACGCCUGCCCGCCCGCCGCGCAGCCAUGAGCGAGCUGGUCGUCUGUUCCAGCCGGGCCACUGUGAUGCUUUAUGAUGACAGCAGCAAGCGAUGGCUCCCGGCCGGCACAGGUCCCCAGGCCUUCAGUCGUGUCCAGAUCUACCACAACCCCACGACCAACUCCUUCCGGGUCGUGGGCCGAAAGAUGCACCCCGACCAGCAGGUGGUCAUCAACUGUGCCAUCAUGCGGGGUGUCAAGUAUAACCAGGCCACCCCCAACUUCCAUCAAUGGCGUGAUGCGCGCCAAGUCUGGGGCCUCAACUUCAGCAGCAAGGAGGAUGCGGCACAGUUCGCUGCUGGCAUGGCCAGUGCCCUAGAAGCCUUGGAAGGAGGGGCCCCUCCUGGACCUCCCACACCAUCUGCCUGGUCAGCCCAGAACGGACCCUCCCCAGAGGAGCUAGAGCAACAGAAAAGGCAGCAGCCCAGCCAGCCAGAGCACAUGGAGCGCGAGCGCCGGGCCUCUAAUGCAGGAGGCCCUCCUGCUCCCCCAGCUGGGGGGCCACCGCCACCUCCAGGACCUCCUCCUCCUCCAGGUCCCCCCCCACCUCCAGGGCUGCCCCCCUCAGGGGUCCCAGCUGCAGCACAUGGAGCAGGAGGAGGCCCACCCCCUGCACCCCCUCUCCCUACAGCACAGGGCCCUAGCGGUGGAGGUGCUGGGGCCCCUGGCCUGGCUGCAGCAAUUGCUGGAGCCAAACUCAGGAAAGUCAGCAAGCAGGAGGAAGCCUCCGGGCCGCCCAAAGCCGAGAGCAGUCGGAGCACAGGUGGGGGGCUCAUGGAGGAGAUGAAUGCCAUGCUGGCCCGCAGAAGGAAAGCCACACAAGUUGGAGAGAAACCCCCCAAGGAUGAAUCUGCCAGUCAGGAGGAACCAGAGGCCAGAGUCCCAGCCCAGAGUGAACCAGUGCGGAGACCCUGGGAGAAAAACAGCACAACCUUGCCAAGGAUGAAGUCGAUGUCUUCGGUGGCUGCUUCCGAGCCUCACUCCUCCACGCCCAGCUCUGCCCCUGAGUCAGACCUGGACAGCGUGAAGCAGGAGCUUCUGGAAGAGGUGAGGAAGGAACUGCAGAAAGUCAAAGAGGAGAUAAUUGAAGCUUUUAUCCAGGAGCUGAGGAAGCGGGGUUCUCCGUGACGACCGGAAUGCAAAGGACCCACUUUUCCUUUCUGCACACCCUGCGCCUGUCACCCUGCUUCCCUGCCUCAACUUGAUAUGAAUUGGCUGAAGACUAUACAGGAAUGCAUUUUCCCCUCCCCAUCCCACUUGGAAAAUUCCAAGGGGGUGUGGCUUCCCUGGCACCACGCCCACACCCUUACUGGCUGCUGAUUGGCUGGGGAGGCCCCCACCUUUGCUCCCUUUGGUCCUUCCCCUCUGCCGUUCCCUUGGGGCUGGUCCCUCUGCUGGGGAUGUACCAAUUAACCCCACAGUAAGGGGGAUGGGAGGAGGAAAUUUCACAUUCCCCUGUUCUAGGUUCACUUUAACACUUAUGCCUUGGAUUUUUUUUUUAAGAAAAAAAAUAUAUAUAUAUUUGGGUUUGGGGGAAGGAAAUUUUUUUCUCUUUGGUUUUGAUAAAAUUGGGGUGUGGGUGUUUUUAAUGUAAUAGCUCUAGGCUUGCCCCAUUUGGGGCAGCUAUUUAAGAGGGGGUGUCCCAUCAGGUGGGGUGCUCACCCCCAUGAGGGACAACCUUCCCUCUGGCCCCUUCCCCUUUUCUAUAAGGAAUUAAUAUGCUGUAACUUUUUGAAACCUCAUUUUUUUUCAUUUUUUUAUUUGGGUAGGUUUCGAGGUCCAGACCAUUUUUAUCCCCUGGGGAGAGCUAUUUAGGGAGAAGGGAGAGGAGGUGGAGGAAACCUUACCUCCCCACACCUUCACCUUUAGCUUCUUGAAAAUGGGUCCUCGCCUAAUAAAUCUUCUGUUUUAUAAAU